AAGCCUUGCCGUGCGCGCGUAUUCUCCCUAGUUCUUAGACCCCUUCGCGUUUUGGGUUGUUUUGACUGUAAAUUAUGAACCUUUUGGGUUCUUCUUGACUUGUUUAGAUUGGUGUUUUCUAUUGUUUAGGUUUUAGAAUAAUAUGAAUUCCUCCUCUAGUGGGUACGGGUUUUCAAACACUUGUGGGGGAGUCUUAAUAAGCUAGCAACUAGUACUAGUACACGUUUUUUGAUCUUUACUCAUCUGCUGCCUUUUCAAAUCUGGUUUGUUGGGGAUAGAGUUGUAGUUCUUUGGUGGUGGUGGUGGUGGUGUUACUGGUGUACAAUUUUGAGAAAGAUGAAUGAUAAGUGGAGGUUCAAUCGGUUUAGAGAUCCUUUGGGGUUUGCGGGCGUGGUGCUUGUGUGGUUGCUGUUUCAGAAUCUGAGCUUAUGUUGGUCUUUGAAUGAUGAAGGUUUGGCGCUUUUGAGGUUUAAAGAGAGAGUAGUGAGUGACCCAUUUGGUGCUUUUUCUAAUUGGAAUGAUGAAGAUGGAGAGGUUGAUCCUUGCUCCUGGUUUGGGGUUCAAUGUUCAGAUGGAAAAGUUGUAGUCUUGAACUUGAAAGAUCUUUGUCUUGGAGGGACGUUAUCACCUGAGCUCAGAAGCCUUGUUCAUAUAAAGUCUAUUAUUUUGCGCAACAAUUCCUUUACGGGGAGAAUUCCUGGAGGCAUUGGAGAGUUGAAGGAACUGGAGGUGUUAGAUUUAGGAUAUAAUAACUUCAGUGGACCACUUCCUGUAGAACUUGGCAGUAAUUCUUCAUUGACAAUCCUUCUACUAGACAAUAACAGGUUCCUUGGGAUCUUAUCUCCUGAAAUUUCAGCAUUGGAGAUGCUUUCCCAAUUUCAAGUUGAUGAAAAUCAACUUUCUGGUGCAACCAAAGAAUCAUCUUGCAAUGAAAGGUCCAUCUCAUGGAAUGUUGCUCGUACUGAGCACUCCUUUCAUGGGAGAUUGCUUGAAGCGGAAGUCUCAGAUAACAAUCAAAAUCGUCCUAGCAACGAUCCACCUGCACCUACGCAUACGCCUACACCUACGCCUACGCCUUCUCCAGCUUCAGAUUCCUCUCCUAGUCCUUCCCCAGGAAGUUCUCUGAAAAAAAGUUCCAAUCAUCGUGUUGCAAUAUUGGCCGGAGCCAUAGGCGGUGGUGCUUCUCUUGUUAUAUUGAUUGCCGUGUUGUAUUUCUAUGGACGCAACAAGGUAGCAACUGUCAAACCUUGGGCAACAGGAUUAAGUGAGCAGCUUCAGAAGGCCUUUGUAACUGGUAUUGCUUCUUUCAAAAAGGAGAAAAUUAAUAUCUGUGUACCAAAUCUUAAGAGAUCAGAGAUUCAAGCGGCUUGUGAAGAUUUCAGUAAUGUUAUAGGUACAUCUUCACCGAUGGGUACAGUGUACAAGGGAACAUUAUCCAGUGGUGUCGAAAUUGCUGUGGCUUCCCUCACAGCAACAUCUGCCAGUGAGUGGAGCAACAAUUUAGAGUUGCAGUUCAGGAAGAAGAUUGAGACGUUAUCGAAAGUGAAACACAAGAAUUUUGUCAGCCUUAUUGGAUAUUGCGAGGAAGAAGAGCCUUUCACUAGAAUGAUGGUUUUUGAAUAUGCUCCUAAUGGCACACUCUUUGAGCAUUUACACAUGAGAGAAGCUGAGCACUUGGACUGGAGAAUGCGAAUAAGAAUCGCGAUGGGAAUGGCCUACUGCCUUGAACAUAUGCACCAGCUGAACCCACCUAUAGCUCACAACAACUUGACUUCUUCAGCUGUUCUGCUAACCGAGGAUUAUGCACCAAAGGUCUCAGAAGUCACUUUCUGGAAUGAGGUAGCUGAAGCCGAGAAACAAUCGUCUGGCUCUAGACUUUCCGAUGGACAAUCAACAAGCCUGGAAAGUAAUGUGUAUAGUUUUGGUGUAAUUUUGUUCGAAAUUGUGACGGGUAGACUCCCUUAUUCAGUGGACAAUGGCUCACAAGACUGGGCCUCUGACUAUUUAAGAGGGGAGCAUCCCUUCAAGGUAAUGGUUGAUCCAACUCUAGAGUCUUUCCAAGAGGAGCAGCUGGAGCAAAUUGGAGAAGUUAUAAGAAUUUGUGUCCAUCCUGACGCUAGACAAAGACCGCCAAUGAGAGACGUCACUGCAAGGCUAAGAGAGAUAAUUGGACUUACACCUGAUGCAGCAAGCCCGAAACUCUCCCCUCUUUGGUGGGCGGAGCUUGAACUCAUGUCUGCGGAUGCAAACUAGAUGCUCAAGAGCAGAUUUUAGGUAUGAAUUCUACUUGUACAUAUAUAACGGAGAUAGCCACAUAGGUGUGCAAAUCUAGUUAAUCUGUACUAUAGUGUUUCUUGUUCAACUGUACAAUGUGAAGAAAGAAAAUGCGAAAGUCACAAUUUGUGAAAUACUCUAUUUGUUCAUUCAAGUAUGAUGAACUUAUAAUGAGAAAGCACCUGAGGGGCAAACAUGAAUUUUGGAAGCAUUUCACUGUCCUAAAAA